AUGAAAGGACGACGCAUCAAUCAACUCAUUGGAAGUCUUGAUCUUUUAAGGGAAAAUAACACUCAUAUUUUUGUUACCAUGAUAGAUUCUAUUCUUGGAUUAUGGUCUAUUUAUGCUCCUAUUUCUUUAUCGAAUAACUGGACUAUGAAUUUGGAGUUACUUUCAUCGUCCAUAUGGAGUAAAUUUCCCUUGUGGGUUGAUAGUCUCUCGAGCUAUAAAAGAUUUUAUGUAUUAAUGCCCCAGUCAACUGUUCAAUUAAAAAGUCCACUACUUCAUACAUUAUUAGAAAAUUUAACUCAAUCAUCAAUUUGUACUUCUACAGCAAUAUGGCAUGUUCCAAAUCCUGUAAAUUUUAUAUGUCAAUAUAAUGAUAAUUCAUUUGAUAAUAAAAACAACUUGUUUACUGAUAUCUCAAUCAAUAAUCAUAAUUGUUUUAAUAAAAAUUUACAAAAAUAUGAGGAAAAACAACAAAUUACCAUGAUUAUGAACAACAGAUACAAUGUGACAUUUUUAAAAUUAAAUAAUGCAGCAAAUCGUGUAGCAAUGAAUUUAGCUAAUUAUUUAGAACGUAAAUGGUCAAGUAUAACCAAUAAAAUCAAUAGAACUCAAUUAAAUCAACAUAGUUCAUCAAUAGAUCAACCAAUUGAGUUUAGAAAUCAAUCAGAUACAGUGAUUGCAUUAUUUAUGCCUCCAGGAAUAGAUCGUAUUGUAGUUCAAAUUGCAUGUAUGAAAUUACAUUUAGCAUAUAUGCCACUUGAUCGUAAUGUUCCAGCUGGACGUAUUUCACAAAUUUUAAAUAAAUUAAAACCUAUUUUAAUUUUAAUUGCUAAAGAUUAUUAUGAUUUUAUAUAUGAUGAUAAAAUCAAUAAAAAUUAUCAUAAUAAUAUCACAUCAUCUAUUGAUAAUAAUAAUAAUAAAAAUCAAUAUUAUUGA